AUGGUUUCACUCGGUAGCUGGCAGCGUCUUGUAUUCGAACUGAUUUUAUUUGCAUUUAUUGUUCGGUGGAAUGAAGGUUUAAGCGGAUAUGAAGCAGAUUCGUGGGGUACCGAAUUCAUUUUCAUACUACCACAAAAUAGCCAUUUGAAUCGAGCUGCUUGCCAUAUUUUUGGGAUGGACAAGCAAAAAAACAUUACAGUAAAUAUUGAAUACAAUGUUUUAAGCAGCAAAAAUAAUGGAUCAAAAGUUGGAAAAAAGAAAGACAAGUUGGUCAUCCGUGCUGCUUAUGAAUACGAUUUUCACAACUUGACAAUGAAUGACACCGUCGAGGGAUUGCACAUGUUGGCAGAUCACCGAAUACAUAUCACUUCUUCAGAAAAGAUAUCAAUUAUCGCCUAUGUAUUUGAUACCAAAUCUGCUGCUGUUGAUUACUUUUUAGUACAUCCCGUCGGAAUGGGAGGUGAUUAUUAUGCGUUCUCACUGCCUGGACGUGGUACCAUGACAUUAUACUUUUUACCGUUUGGAGCAACAAACGAAACAAUAGCACAAAGCCAUGGCGUUCACAAUGUUUCAAUAACAGUGAGACAGAACAAUAAGUUAGAAACCGUUAAACAAACUAUGAAGGCAGGUUCAUUAUGGCAAUAUACAGCACCUGUAGAACAGACGAUAUCGAUAUGGAUUCGUGACCAAUUAAAUAAUCCCAAUAUUACAAAACGAAGAUCAAAAGUGCGAACGAUAUCGAAUGUGGAAAUAGCUCGAUUGAUCGUCAUAGCUUCAGUCCGAAGAUGCGCCAAGCUGACAGAUCCCGUGUAUUAUCCAACAAGUGAAGAGUUCGCGAACAAUUUACUGUUAACAGCGCCAUCACACCUAUGUCCACAAGAUGAGAUUGAUAUCAGAAGCAGUAUGAAAGAGGACCCGAAGUCAUUAUUAGUGAAAUGGGAUGAGGCAGCGGAACGAAUCAGUCUGAAGGACGAAUUUUUAAAGAAAACAUUUGCUAUCAUCUCAGGAACAACGAUCAUGAAUAUCGUGCAUUAUGGAGGCAAUAAUGGAUCGUUUCUUCAUGAGAUUCCUGCAUAUUCUCAGUGGGUCAAUGGGGACUCUUCAGUUGUGGUACCAAAAGAUUCAAAAGCCACUCUAUAUGUUUUAGCGGACGACUACGGAAGAGAGGCAACAAUGGAGGGUUUUGAAUACCCUUAUUUCGAAACGGUGGAAGAUGUCUCGACCGAUUUCAGUCUCUACUUAUACACUCGCUCACUUAAUCCUGGCGUCUAUCGUGUUGGGAUCGAUCAGGAAUUGGGUGGCCGAUAUAUUGCCAUCCUUAUAUCCGAAAUGAAUCGCCAUUCUAUUGGUUAUGUUGCUGCCAUCAACCUUGAUUUGACAACGACGGAAUUGACUACGACGCCUCUGAUGGUUUCAACAAUGACCACAGUGACAACAACUCAAGCUGCAUCUCUUAGUGUACUUGCAAAUAGCUUACUUGCAAUUUACGUGUGUUUCUUGGCAUACGAUGAAAGCGAACAAUGA